AAUACUAUCAACACAAACCCCUUCUCCACGCACUUGAAAGUUGAAACAGAACAAACCCAUAUAUAAAACCAAAACCCCCCAAAAAAUCAACAACAAACACACACCCACCUCUCCAAAAAAGAAAGAAGAAAUACAUAAUAAUCUUCAUCGGCAACAGUUUUUGUCUAAUUUGUGACCGCGCGCGCGCAAUGAAUGCGGACCAAGUAGUCCCUUCAUUAGACCUCGGUAAACUUAAGGUUAUAUCCCCGCUAGGCCGAGGUGCUAAGGGUGUGGUAUUCUUAGUCCAAGAUGAAACUGAUCAUAAUGGUGACGAUGGCGAGUUACUGGCUUUGAAAGCGAUAUCCAGAGCUUCCAUUACAAAGAAAACAAAGAAAAAAGAUAGCGAUGGUAGCGAGUACAAAAGAAUUUGUUUCGAACAAGAAGUGUUGGGACGAUGUGAACAUCCGUUGUUACCAAAACUUCGCGGCGUUUUAUCUACUGAUAACAUUGUUGGCUACGCUAUUGAUUAUUGUCCUGGCCGUGACCUUAAUUAUCUUCGGAAAAAACAGACCGAAAAAAUGUUUUCUGAUGAUCUCAUCAGGUUUUAUGCCGCGGAAUUAGUGCUUGCAUUGGAAUAUUUACACGGAUUAGGAAUUGUGUAUCGGGACUUAAAGCCAGAAAACGUAAUGAUACAAGAAAAUGGCCACUUAAUGCUUGUGGAUUUCGAUCUUUCAACAAAAUUGUCACCGAAAUCGCCAUCAAGAUCGACAACGCCGACAAACACCACACCGAUAAAGAAUAAGAAGAAGAGAAAUAAGUUUUCAAAGCUAUACAAAUGUUGCCACCCUGGGAUCACAGAGGGUGACUCGGUACACCCAGCUGAGUCAGUCAACUCAGAACCGAGUUACAUUACAACAACCGACCCACAUUCGAAAUCGAACUCAUUUGUGGGCACUGAAGAAUACGUGGCACCGGAAAUGAUACAAGGAACAGGGCACGAUUUUUCGGUAGACUGGUGGUGUUUAGGUGUUGUUUUACACGAAAUGUUGUAUGGAACGACACCGUUUCGAGGGAUAAAUAGGAAAGAAACAUUUUACAGGGUAUUGUCAAAGACGCCCGAAUUAGUUGGUGAACCGACACCGUUACGAGAUUUGAUCCGGAAAUUACUGGAAAAGGAUCCGAAACAGAGAAUACGGGUUGCUGAAAUCAAGGGUCACGAUUUCCUUAAAGGCGUUGACUGGGAAAAAGUCUUGGAGAUCUCCAGACCACCGUAUAUACCUGGACGGUUCGAUGAUGACGUGUGUAGUGAGGAAAAUAGUAAAAAGGGAAGAAUUGAUAUUGAGGAUUUUGUUCAAGGAGUGUUUAAAGAGGACGUCAUUGGUGAUGUCAUCGGGGAAAAAGUCGACCAAAAUGCAGCAAAGAAUUUUCUAGUCUUCUAACUUAAUUAUAUAAAUAUUUGUUUGUUAUUUCAUUUUUUUAUAUAUAUCAUAUGUAGUAAAAAUAUAUACUCCGUUAUUAUAUAUUUUCUAUUUAUAAAUGGGCGUGGGUACAUAUUGACAAAAAAGGUGGGUUUGAGAAGGAAGGAAAUAUAUACUCUAGUGUCAGAGAGUGAGUAAUAAAGUACAAGAAAGAAGUAGUAAUUGAAUGCCGUAAAUGUUGUUGGGCAGUUGUAACAAUUGGAAAGUAAAGAUUGAUACCGUCGGCUUUCCAUCUUUUUUGGUUUCGUGGUCCUUUUUUAUUGCUUCUUAUUCAUAAAAGAGAGGCUGUGAUGCGAGGUGCUUUAUUCGUGUAAAAUAAUUGAAAUUGAUUAUUUGUAUAUGGGAUUCGUAGAAA